AUGUCUGCUCUUGAAAUUGCUGCGGCAACGACGCUUGGCUUACAAUUGCUCGAUGCAAAGUAUCAUGUUUCGGAUGAUCUACUUUUCAUUCAAAAGAUCGCCAGAGUGAUUAUUCCAUACUCCUACAACGUUUACAAAAAAAGGGCCAGUUUUUGGUAUGCUUUCGAGAAAUCUGCUAACAAAUACCCAAGCAAGGAAGCUGUUUCGUUCCCUCGUCCAAAACGUUCUGUACCAUUGAAAAAGGAUUCCAGCGGGUUUCCGAUAUACGACGAACAGUUUUCAAUCGAGUCUUACACUUAUAAGGAAUUGUAUGAUAUGGUUUUGAGGCUCAGUCACAUCUUGAGGAACGACUAUGGUGUCACAUCAGAACACACGAUCGGUAUCGACUGUAUGAACAAGCCUUUGUUCAUAGUCAUGUGGAUGGCAUUGUGGAAUAUUGGGGCUCUUCCCGCGUUCUUGAACUACAAUAUCAAAGGUAAGCCAUUGAUUCAUUGCAUAAAAACUGCCGGUAUAAGCCAGGUAUUUGUUGAUCCAGAUUGUGCAGAUGCUAUCAAAGAAUCAGAACAUAGUCUUCAUGAGCAACUUCCAGAAGUGAAAGUUAAUUAUAUGAACGAGACCCAAUUAUUCACUGUGAUAAGCACUCAUUCAAGCCCUAGAUAUAGGGCCCCUAAUGUUACUAGAAGACCAAAUGAUACAGACUCUUCCUGCUGUGCUCUCAUUUAUACUUCAGGCACCACAGGCUUACCAAAGCCAGCUAUUUUAUCUUGGAAAAAGGCUUUCAUGGCAGGCGCAUUUUUUGGUACUGUGAUGAAGAUUGAUAAGAACUCCGUUGUCAUGACUGCAAUGCCUUUGUAUCACUCGACCGCAGCAAUGUUAGGCGUUUGCCCGGCACUUGCGUCUGGUGCAUGUGUCAGUGUAUGUCAAAAGUUUUCAGCUUCCACGUUCUGGACACAGGCCAAAUUAGUGAAAGCCACGCACGUACAAUAUGUGGGCGAAGUGUGUCGAUACUUGUUGAAUGCAAAUGAUCAUCCUGACCAAAGAAAUCACAAUGUAAAGAUUGCUUAUGGAAAUGGUUUGCGUCGUGAUAUCUGGAAAGAUUUCAAAUCGCGCUUCAACAUCGAGGGAGUUGGAGAAUUCUAUGCCUCUACUGAAUCUCCUAUCGCCACAACCAGUCUUCAGUUUGGAGAUUAUGGUGUAGGUGCUUGCAGAAAAUACGGUUCUUUGAUUAAUACAAUUUUGAGCUUUGCUCAAGCAAUUGUCAAAAUGAACCCAGACGAUGAAAGCGAAAUAUGGAGAGAUCCAUCAACUGGGUUUUGUGUGCGAGCAAACACAAACGAUUCCGGUGAACUUUUGAUGAAGAUUGUCAAUCCAAAUAAUAUAGAAGGGACGUUUCAGGGAUACUAUGGAAACCUGAAAGCCACGAGUUCAAAAAUCAUUCGAAAUGUUUUUAAAAAAGGUGAUGCAUGGUUUAGGUCUGGAGACUUAUUGAGAAUGGAUGAAGACGGCUUGAUGUACUUCGUGGACAGAUUAGGCGAUACUUUCCGCUGGAAGUCGGAAAAUGUAUCGGCUACAGAAGUCGAGAAUGAGCUUAUGGGCUCAGGUGCCAUCAAGCAAUCUGUCGUUGUUGGUGUCCAAGUGCCUAAGCAUGAGGGAAGAGCUGGAUUUGCGGUUGUCGACCCGAAAGAUGGUCUAAGUGAUCAGGAGGUACUUGAUAAAAUUUACCAACACGUAAGCCGAAACUUGCCAAAGUACGCAAUUCCGCAAUUCGUCAAAGUUGGGUCGCAAUAUAUUCAAGCAUCUCACAACCACAAAGUGCCGAAAAAUCAGUUCAAAAGCCAGAAGCUACCCAACGGAGAGAACGGAAAUGAGUUGAUUUACUGGUUGAACAAAACUAGAUAUGAAGAGUUGACAGAGAGUUCUUGGACUCGGAUCAUGAGCGGUGCGUCCAAGUUGUAA